UUUUUUGUAUUCCAUUACGCGCGGGAAUUUAUGACGUCACAAUUCGGCCAUGAAGGUAUAUAAAGGCAUGAAAAUCACUUGCUCAUUUGGUGCUUUGAAGUCUUGGGAGUAACGUAUUUGGUAGCGACUGUUAGCGACUGACAAACGGUGUUAUCGUGGGACUGCUUUCAAGACUAAAAAAAGCGACUGGUUUGGAGUGUGUAGGAGAACCCUGUGUGUAUAACCCAAAGACUCCCCCAUCAUGACGGAGAACCGUCAACCGGCGCCGGUUGGUGCUCUUGAUACCGAUGGAGGGAGAACGAUGAAGAGCUUCUGGAAGUGGGCCGCUCUUCACUUUCCUUCCCGUAGAAAGGGAACAUAUGACCUGGCCAAAGCCGAGGAGAAAUACGGGACAGAGGCGGAAACACAGUGGAGAGAUAGCGAUGAUCCAGCUCCUGAAGACCUCCUUGCUGCUGAGGAACAGCAGAAACACAGCGUCCUGGACAAGAACCAGAGUGAACGCUGUGUACAUCCCAAAGACGGCCCCAUCACAUCAGAGAGCCGUCAUCCUCAUCUGUCUGUUAGUGCUGCUGAGAUUGAUGGAGGAAGAGAGGAGGAAGGGAGAGAAGAGAAGAAGAAGAAGAAGAAGAGCUUCUGGAAGUGGCCUGCUCUUCACUUUCCUUGCAGUGGAGCUGGAACAUAUGAUCUGGCCGAAGUGGAAGAGAAAUACUGGACAGAGGCGGGAACGCACUGGAGAGAUAGCGAUGUAGACCAAAGUGUACACGAGCACAGCGUACAACCCAAAGACUCCCCCACCAGGUCUGAAGAGACGCCUGUUAGUGCUGGUGAGAACGAUGGAGGGAGAACGGAGGCAGGGAGAGAGGAAGUCCUCUCUACUGAGGAACAGCUCGUGCAGGACAUCCUGGACAAGGGCCACAAGCAAUAUAAAAUCGGCCGCAUGCUUGGUGAAGGAGGAUGUGGCAGAGUUUAUGAAGGGACUCGCUGCGAGGAUGGACUUAAGGUGGCUGUGAAAUGUUCAGAGAAGUCGCCAGACAUGUCAUACAUCAGAGUGCGUGGUCAUCCCAAACGUCUGCCAAUGGAGAUUGGCCUGAUGCUCAUGGCCAACAAUGGCCCCAGCGUUUCCCAGAUCAUUAAGCUGCUUGACUGGGAGGAUGACACAGAUCACUACGUGAUAGUCAUGGAGCGACCAGUGCCUUGCGUGGAUUUGUUUACUUUUGUGGAUGAUGAAGAAAAGCUUGACGAGGGGAUUGCUAGAAAUAUUAUGCGGCAGAUCAUUGAUGCGGCUAAAACUUGCUGUGAUCGUGGCGUCUUCCAUCGUGAUAUAAAACUGGAGAACAUCUUGGUGAACCAGGACACCAUGGAGGUCAAAUUAAUUGACUUCGGCUGCGGUGCAGUCAUGAAGAGAUCUGCCUUCAAAUCCUUUUGUGGCACGAAAGAGUACUGUCCACCUGAGUUCAACUUGAAGGGCAGGUACAAAGCAAAGCCAACCACAGUGUGGACACUAGGGUUCAUCUUGUUUGAAAUGCUGUGCGGGGAUUGCCCUACAUCCAUCGAUCGACACAAGAUCACUGUGAACCUCUGGACCAGACCUGGCUUGUCAAAAGAAUGCUGCCAGAUGAUUUGUGAUUGUCUGCAGCCUGAUCCACAGAAGAGACUCAGUCUGGACAAGAUGCAUCUCCACGACUGGUUUAAGGUACGGCGUCUAAGACUAGUUAAGCUUUUUGUUGGUUUAGUUUGAUCAUCAGUCGCCAUGAACUUAAGAUAAGUAAAAGUAUUUAGACAAAUAAUGCCAAUUUAUCUUUUAUUUCAGGUCACAGCGUAAAACACAACCUCAGAAAACAACUCCUGUCAUGGCCACCCUGUUGUUUUGUGUUGUAUUUUGUUUAUUGGUUUUGUUUGUGCCCGGCAGUCGUCUGUGAGAGGCUGUUGCGCUGUAUUGUGAUUAUUUUAUUAUUAAAGCUUUAUUUAAAUGUCCGCCGGUUCCCGCCUCCUUCUUCCCGUGACUAUGAAGUUUGUUAACAGCAUUACACUUUAAUUUAAUGCUU